UAUUUUUUUAAAAAAAAUAAAAAAAAUCUCACUCACCCAAAUAUCUAAUCCUUUUGUAUACAAGUCACCUCUUUCAAGUACCCAAGAACUUGAACAAAAAAAAAUGUCAAUUUUAGCACCAAAUUCCCAAAUUCUAUAUAGAGAAAUCCACAAUAGAGAGCAACAUCAUCAGUUUUUGAACAAUGGGGUCAAUCUAAACACUCUAAAAUCAUAUGGAUUUUGCUUUGUUGAUAAAAGAAGAAGUGAUUGGAAGCAAACAAUAAAGAGGGAGUUUAGAAUUCAUGCUUCUUGGCCAGAUUUGUCAAGACCAUCUGCUGUUGAAAUGGAGCCUAUUGAGAAUGUUGAACAACUUGAUCAGAUUUUAGCUUCUGCUAAAGAACUAUCACAACCUAUCAUCAUUGAUUGGAUGGCUGCUUGGUGCCGGAAAUGCAUAUAUUUGAAGCCUAAAUUGGAGAAACUUUCAGCUGAAUUUGAUACCAAACUCAAAUUCUACUAUUGUGGAAAGAUGGGGAAAUGAAAGCUGAGGUGAUUGGAGGGCACAAGGCAUGGCUUGUAAUUGAAGAAGUGAGAGAAAUGAUCAAAAACUUUGUAUAGUUAAUACUACUAGUUCAAAUCUCAUGACUGCCUCUUGUGUUCAUAAGCAACAAAUUUCUUUUUUUCCUUGUCCCGAAGUUUGACAUCAAUUUGUAUAUUAAGCAAAGGACGUUUCAAUA